AUGUCGUCGUUCUUCGCGCCCCCCUUCGGCCCACUGAACGGGAUCCACUACCUAAUCCAGCACCACGCGCGCCCCUUGAAGGCGAGCAGCGCGGUCGACCUCCUCGAGGCCCUAAUCCCUCUCUACGCGCAGGCCUUCCUCCUCCUCUCGCCGUCAUUCCUUGGGCCCUCAACGCGCCUACUCCGCGCUACGCUGGGAUUGGUCGGUAUCCUGAGCCUCACGAACCAGUUCAUGUCGUGGCGCGUCGUGCCGCCCGGCGCGAACGCGCUCAACACCACCCUUGGGUCGCUCUACGUCCACACGGUGCUCAAGUACGCUUGGUUUGCGCUCGCGCCUGGCGCGACGGACACGCUCAUGUUCCGUGCCGGGAGGAAGCGCCGCUCGCGCGCGUUUGCGGCGCUGGAUCUGUGCCUCAACUCGCGGUACACUUACGUCGAGUUCGAACCGAGAGAGGAAGAAAGCGAGAAGGCAGCUGCGGGACGCCGCUCGUCGCGCUCGCCUUCCCCGCCCGACAGGCCGACCUUCCCCUACACCCUGUCGACGGCGUCGCGCGCCCCCGUCGUCAUGCGCCACCUCCUCCUGGGCUUCCUCCAGAUCCUGGCAGCCGACACGCUCCUCGCGAUAGUGCGCGCCGCCGGCCCGUCGACACUCGGCGACCCGAAUAGCGCACAAGGCAAGAUCGCCACCUUCCUUGCGACGACGGGCUUCGAGGUCAUCCCUGGCAUCAUUGACCCAUGCGGCCUCAAUGAGAACCGCGUAGAGCUCAGGCAGAGCGUCAUCGAGGUCCUCAUCACGCUUGCGCUGGGCGCAGCGCCGUACCUCACCAUGAAUGGGCUGUACCGCCUCGCUGCUGGCCUGGCUAUCGGCUCGCGCCUGUGGGAAGUUGAGAGCUGGGAACCGGACCUGUUUGACAGCCCGUGGGCUGCCGACUCGCUCCUCGACUUCUGGCGUCGAUGGCACGGUAUUAACAAGCAUGACCACGCCUUGCUGAGGGACACCCUCCUCGACGUCGCCGGGCUCCCGCACACCCCGUUCCUCACCAUCCCGAUCACGUUCAUCAUCUCGGGCCUCCUGCACAUCGUGUAUCAGCUCGGCAUGAACCCCGUCCCAGCAGCAACUAAGGUCGGCGGCUUCUUUGUGGCGUGUGCGGUGGGCACCUUUGUCGAGUACAGUGUCUACCGCGCGACUGGGAGCUAUGUCGGCGGCAUUAUCGGCAGGGUGUGGACGUGGUCCUUCCUCUAUCUCGCUGCCGGCCGAUACAUCGUCGACGCGUGGGUUGAUGCGGGAGUGGCGGCUACCCGUUUGGCCGAGGACGACUGGGCCGACGCGCUCGCCGUCUGGAUCCUCAAGUAUGUCCUCGUGCCCUACGCCAAGUAG